CUGAACUCAAUAUCAUGAUUUAGUGUAUAUGAGGAGUUGUGUGGGCCAACCGGGAGCCUGCUAUUGGCCAGGUUGUGUUGUGUCAGGUGAUGACAUGUGGCUCUUAACCAGCUCAAGUUAACCACAACUCAUUUUGAGUUCAGUCAACCAAGUGUCCAGAUGUCAAGACCCCAGUCUGUUGUUCUUCUCGUUUGGAGCUGGUAGCAUUAGCUGUUUCUCUCGGGCUGAACCUGUCCUCGUAUCCAGCAUGAACUGGGCAUCGUUUUACGCGGUGAUCAGCGGUGUGAACAGGCACUCGACAGGCAUCGGCCGCAUCUGGCUGUCGGUCAUCUUCAUCUUCAGGAUCAUGGUGCUGGUGGUGGCGGCCGAGAGCGUGUGGGGCGAUGAGAAGUUGGGCUUCACCUGUAACACCCAGCAGCCAGGCUGUGACAGCGUGUGCUACGACCAGUUCUUCCCCAUCUCUCACAUCCGCCUCUGGGCUCUGCAGCUCAUCCUGGUGUCCACGCCGGCCCUGCUGGUGGCCAUGCACAUCGCUCACUGCCGGCACAUCGAGAAGAAGAUCCUCAAGAUCUCCGGCCGAGGGAACGCCAAGGACCUGGAGAACAUCAAGAGCCUGAGGUUCAAGAUCACCGGUGCUCUGUGGUGGACUUACGUGAUCAGCAUCGUCUUCCGUAUCAUUUUCGAGGUGGUUUUCUUGUACAUUUUUUACUCGAUCUAUCCAGACAUCAAGAUGGUGCGUCUUGUGAAGUGUGACUCUUACCCCUGUCCCAAUACAGUGGACUGUUUCGUGUCACGUCCCACAGAGAAGACGGUCUUCACUGUCUUCAUGCUGGCCGUGUCUGGAGUCUGUGUCUUGUUGAACAUCGCAGAGGUUUUGUAUUUAAUAAGUCGGGCGUGUAUGAGAUAUUUUCAGGGAGCAGUGGGUGAACCCAAAGUGCCCUGGCUCCCUCAUAAACUGGUGACUUACAAGCAGAACGAAAUAAAUCAGCUGAUCUCAGAGCAUUCGUUCAAGCCGAGAUUCAAUGCUGGGCGAAAGCCUCCCGCGGAUAAGAGCGAACGCUGCUCUGCUUUCUAGAUGGGUUUCUACCAACUAUCAGACUUUAAGGGAAGACGUAUGUCUGUAAUCAUAUUAAUCGAUUGUCACUCUACAGAACCGACUCCAAAUAUGUUGGGACACUGUACAAAUUGUGAGCAAAAAAUGAAUGUAAUAAUUUACAAAUCCCAUAAACUUGUAUUUUAUUCACAAUAG